AUGUUGGAGGAAUUCCUUCUCCUGCUUCUUAUUUUGUGGCUGCAACUUCCUCAAAGUGAAUGUGAGACACCCACUGUUAUGUGUACCUUGACAGAUCCCUUCCAGCUCCCAUACCAGUAUAAUCAGACAGGAGACAUCACCAUUGGAGCAAUUGCUACUCAAUAUGUCUGCAUGUUUGAUGAAAUUUUAUUCAGCGAACACCCAGCAACAAAGUUUUUGGAUGGACUAAUGGCAAUAACAAAAAGCUACCAGCAUGUUCUGUCCUUGGUGUUUGCAGUGAAGGAGUUGAAUAAGAAUCCCAAUAUCUUACCAAAUACAAGUCUUGGCUUCCACAUUUAUGAGAGUUAUUUCAAUGCAAGGAUGACUCAUCAAAACACCUUGAAACUUCUUUCCAGCCAGAAAGCAAUUGUUCCAAACUUCAAAUGUGAUAAGCAACGGAAGCUGAUAUCUGUUAUUGGGGGACUUGACUCUGAAAUCUCCCUUCACAUGGCUACUCUAUUAGGCAUCUACAAGAUUCCACAGAUUGCCUAUUGUGCAUUUGCUCCAGUGAUGCAUGUUAGAAAUCAACUCCCUUCACUGUACAGGGCAGUUCCCAGUGAACAAUAUCAGUAUGAAGGGAUUGUCCAGCUUCUUUUGUAUUUUCAGUGGACAUGGAUUGGAAUCAUUGCAAAGGAUGAUGAUAAUGGAGACAAGUUUAUGCUGACCUUGAUCCCAAUGCUUUUGCAAUGUGGAAUAUGCAUUGCCCUCAGUGAAAAGACACCAGCCAUAUCUCAUGCUAUAGAUAAACUGAGUUCAUUUAAAUCUAUUUUGCACAAGGCCAGCUAUCUAUCCAACUCCAAAGUCAAUGUUUUGGUGGUAAAUGCAGACUAUGCCACCAUUACAUGUAUCACUUGGACAAUAUUCUUCUUUGCAAUGGUGAAAGGCAUCGAAGAGACAUCUAUAGGAAAAGUCUGGAUCAUGACAGCUCAGUGGGAUUUUUCUUCAGAAACAUUGCACAGGACAUCUAAUAUCCAAGUCUUUGAUGGGGCCUUGUCUUUUGUCAUGCACUCAAAAGAAGUAGUAGGCUUCAGAAAAUUCCUGCAGUUCUUACAUCCUAAGUCACCCAAAGGGGAUGGUUUCCUUAUAAUUUUCUGGCAACAGGCAUUUAACUGCUUUUUCUCUGAUUCAAAUCAGAUCAGCAAAUGCAGUGACAAAUGCAAUAAUAAUCAUUGCAGUGGUGAAGAGAAGCUGGAGAGCCUCCCUGGGACUCUUUUUGAAAUGAGUUUUACUGGUCAAAGCUAUAGCAUUUACAAUGCAGUCCAUGCCAUAGCACACACUUUACAUAGGAUGUACUCAUCCAGGCUAAAACACAGAGCAAUGCCAGACAGAAGUUGGUUGGAUCAUCUGAAUGUGCAACCUUGGAAGGUGCUGCCCCUUGCCAGAUGUAAUGAAAACUGCCAUCCAGGUUACAGCAGAAAAAAGAAAGAAGGGAAACCAUUUUGUUGUUUUGAUUGUUCUCCUUGUCCAGAUGGGAAGAUUUCAGACCAGAAGUAUAUGGACUAUUGUUUCCAGUGUCCAGUGGGUCAAUUUCCAAAUAAAAACAGAGAUAAAUGUCUCCCUAAGAAACUGAACUUCCUCUCUUUCACAGAACCUUUGGGCAUCACUUUAUCUUUUUUCAUUUUGUCUUCUUCUCUAGCAACAGCUUUUGUGUUAGGAAUUUUCAUUAAACAUAGUAAUACUCCCAUCAUCAAAGCCAACAAUCGGGAUCUCACCUUUUGUCAACUCAUUUCUCUAUCACUCUGUUUCCUGUGCUCCUUGCUAUUCAUUGGCCAUCCUAACACAGUGACCUGCUAUUUAAGACAAACCACUUUUGGUAUGAUCUUCUCAGUGGCUGUUUCUUGUAUUUUGGCAAAAACAAUCACAGUGGUUCUGGCUUUCAUGGCUACUAGGCCAGGAUCCAAGAAGAGGAAAUGGUUGGGGAAAGGAUUGGGAAACUGUAUUAUUUUGGGGUGUUUCAUUAUUCAAGCCUGUAUUUGUGCUGUAUGGCUCUGCAUUGCUCCUCCAUUCCCAGAUUUUGACAUGUACUCUCUGGCUGGAGAAAUCAUUGUAGAAUGUAAUGAAGGGUCGCCCAUUAUGUUUUAUUGUGUCCUGGGUUACCUGGGAUUCUUGGCUAUUGUUAGCUUCACUGUAGCUUUUCUAGCCAGGAAGUUGCCAGAUAGUUUCAAUGAAGCCAAGUUCAUUACUUUUAGCAUGUUGAUGUUUUGCAGUGUUUGGGUGUCCUUUGUUCCAGCAUACCUGAGCACCAAAGGAAAAUCCAUGGUGGCUGUGGAGAUCUUCUCUAUCUUAGCCUCCAGUGCUGGAUUACUAGGUUGUAUCUUUGCCCCUAAAUGCUACAUAAUUAUUAUAAGACCUGAGCUGAACAGCAAGGACCAACUAAUAAAAAGAAAUUAG